AUGGAUCUCUGUCAGAAAAGUGAGACUGAUUUAGAAAAUAGUGAAAAUAAUGAAAUUCAAAGCACAGAAGAAACAGAACUAACCUGUACUUGUCCAGAUGAAAGAAGUGAAAAGAAUCAUGUCUGCUGUCUUCUCAGCAUCAGUGACAUCACGUGUGAACAAGAUGAAAGAGCCGGCGAGUGUGUCAUCGGAACCGGGUGGGAAGAAGCAGUCCACGGCUGGGGAAAGACUUCUCCCACUGCCUGCAUCUGGUCAAAGGGGAAGAAACUGAAAAAGGCCAGAGUCGGGGAAGGUGCUGGCAGCGGCUGCUUAGUCUGUGUCAGUCUCUCCCAAGGGAGCGUAGAGGCCAGGCCUCCUGUGGAUGCUGGGAAACUGGAGGCCGGGGCUGUGGCAGGGGCAGGCAGGGAGAAGGAUCGAUGCAGCCCUUUGGAGAUUCGGGAGGUCCCCCAGGACCCCAGCACUGCUUCCAGGGGUGUUGGCAACAUCUGCUUUCCCACCUACAUUCCUGGAGGAAAAAAAAGUCUGCAAAUCAAGGAGUUUAUUUGGUGCACAGAAGAUUGGGCCGGCCCCGAGACCAUUAGGGGUCAGGCUGUCAGGCACCCGGGCGCAGGCGUCAGCAGAGGGCUGCCUUCCAGGGCCCUCUUGGUUCUGCCUCCCCUGAAGCCUUUGCUCCCAAACAGCUUGGAUGUGCAGGCGGUGAAGGUGCCGAGUGUGGAAAAGGCUGAGUGUGUGGCUUGUGCCUGUGGCUUGAAAACAGGUGACGAAAGAGGUGAAAAGAGACCCGGAGAGCGGGCAGAGCACCUGAAGGCCCAUGACACGCUGCCCUGCCCUGCCCCAGCCUCGGCCGCCGACGCCAAGCAGUGCUGCCUGUGCUGGGCCCUCCUGCCCGAGAAGAGCCUGGCGUGCCCACCUGACACGAACCACCUUCGCUACCUCACCACUCUGCAGCUCCUGCAGAAAAAGGGAGUGCAGAACUACAAAGCCAAGUUCAAAGCCAAGGAGCUGAGGCCACCCAUGGGCACCCAAAAGCACGUUCUCCCUGAGGCCAGCAGGACCCGAAUGCUGGAGACCAAAGUGUUCCCAAGACCUCUGCUGCCGUCCCUCACAGUGAGCAGGGUUGUCAUCCCAGUCUCCACCCACAGGGUCCUCUGAGCUGUCGCUAGAGUUCCUUGGAGUUAAAUUC